UGAAAGCUCCGCACAUGCCGGCUGGUCUACUGUGAAAAAACCUGGCUGCCAUUCCUUUGUUUUUGCCCGUGGUUAGUUUUGGCCCAGAAAUUGCAUCCACCGUGGACGUGACUGGCAAGAGGAACCCACAAUAACAAUUCCGAAGACCGAGCGACAUCCCGCUCCCAAGUUUCCAGUUUCCAGCUGCAGCGCUUUGUUCCCAUCAGUGGAGGAGGUUCAGUGACGCCCCACUUGCCGAUCGACCAAGUCGCGUGAGCUGCCUUUGAAAAAGUACUCAUCAUGGGUAUCGAAAAAAUUCUACCAUGCACCCUCCGGCUGAACAAGCUGAUGAGUCUGGCCGGCAACGACUGCCUGUGCAUCAUUGACCGCGAUGCGGUUCCCAAUGAACUGAAGGCCAUCUUCGAGGAGCACCGCAAGUUCGACAAGUCCUUCGACAGCAGCAUAUCCUGCUUCAAGGCACCCAACGUGGACCAACCUGUGGUCUACGCUCCCGUCCCCGAGCUCACCGACUACGACGAUGUGAGGAGCUACCAGGAGGCGGCCAAGCGGUCCAUGGAGAAGGUUCUUAAGGCUGGAUUCCAAACCCCUUUGCUGUUUGUGCCCAAGGUUAAGCGCUUCCCCGAGGCCGAGCUCUGCACCGUUCUGGGAGCUCUGGAGCAGCUUUAUGUGCCCAUUCAAUUGCGAGAGGCAGGAACUUUAAAGGACCCUCGUGUGACCACGCUCAGUGUCCAGAUCGAUGAUCCCAAGGCCGAAGCUAUUUUCCAAGAAGCUCUCGUUCUGGAGGCCGGUCGUUUUGUAGCCCGCGACAUCGGAGUUGGAGACCCAGAGCGCAUGACGCCCAUCCAGGUGGAGAAGUACAUCAAGCCGUUGUUCGAGAAGCUGAACGUGAAUGUGAUCAGUGACUCCAAAGUUCUGGAAAAGGAGUAUCCCCUCUUUGCUGCCGUGAACAGGGCUGCAGAUGCCGUGGAGCGUCACCGCGGUCGUAUUAUUUUCCUGGAGUACAAGCCCCCCAAGCCGGCGAGGAAAACCCUGAUGCUGGUCGGCAAGGGUGUGACCUAUGACACUGGUGGUGCUGACAUCAAGGCCGGUGGUGUGAUGGCGGGUAUGUCACGCGACAAGUGUGGAGCGGCUGCUGCCGCGGGAUUCAUGCAGGUGGUCAGUCAACUGCAGCCGGAUGAUAUCCAUGUCGUGGCUGCCCUGUGCAUGGUGCGCAACUCCGUGGGCGAGGAGUGCUAUGUGGCCGAUGAGGUUAUUACCUCGCGAGCUGGUCUUCAUGUGAGGAUUGGCAACACAGAUGCUGAGGGUCGCAUGUGCAUGACCGAUGCUCUCUGCCGCAUGAAGGAGUUGGUCGUGGAGCAGAAUCUCCCGGAUCCGCAUCUUUUCACCAUUGCCACUUUGACUGGUCACGCCUUCAUCUCGGCCGGUGAGGGUCAGUCGAUUGCCAUUGAUAACAGCGUGGCCCACCGUGAGGAUCACGCCCGAAGACUGCAGGCUGCUGGACAGGCCUUCGGAGAACCCUUUGAGGUAUCCAUUCUCCGUCCCAGUGACUUUUCCUUUAACGCUGGAAAGGUGAUUGGCGAGGAUCUGGUGCAGGCCAACAAUGCGCCGUCGGUAAGGACUCCUCGCGGUCACCAGGUGCCCGCCGCCUUUAUGAUUAAGGCUUCUGGACUGGACAAACAUGGCUUGGACUCAAAGCUGCCGAUCAAGUACACCCAUAUUGAUAUCGCCGGCAGUGCCGGUGAGCACCCAGCGAUGCCCACAGCUGCCCCUCUUGUUUCCCUGGUGAAGACCCAUCUGCAGAAGUAAAUCCUCUUCAGCUUAUAUUCAGGAGGACGUGUACGCGAUCACCACAAACAGUACUUAUACACCAACGUGCAUAGCUAACCAACAAUAUUAUCUUACUGUCCACUAACUGCAUCACUGUUUUUUUAAUAAAGGCCAAACCGAGUUCAUAUUGUAUUCAAAAGGUAUGUUACUCAUUUACAAAUAAAGGUGAAAAUCUUUAAA